UUUAUUUAAACCUUAUAUAUACACAACGUGACACAAAAAAACUAUAAAAAAAAACCGAUGAUGAAUUUCCGGCCACCGGAAUCUCCCGAUUCACCGGCGACGGUAACAGCGGAGAAAGCAAUAUCAUUCAUAUCAAAAGGAUGGAGAGAAGUGAAAGAUUCAACAAAAGCAGACAUCCGAUUAAUGAAAGCCAGAGCGAAUUCGUUCAAAAACCUAGCGUCUUCAUUCGACCGUGAGUUCGAGAACUUUCUCAGAUCAUCAUGUUCGGUUCCGGUGCCUGUAACGUCGUCGUUUCACGGUUCCGAUAGUGGUGGAGUGUUGAACAAGUGGAGCCCCAGCGCGAAGUUACGGAUUGAUUUGAAGGAGAUAAAGCAGGCGAUUGUUUCGGAAGUUGAGUUUAAUGAACGUGAAGGAUUUAGGGUUUUUAAAUCCAGUUCUUCAUUGGAGGUUUUUGAAGGGAUUAAGAACAGUGAGUUUCUUAUGAAAGUUAAAUCCAGUCUGAAAUCAAUUUGCAAGGAACCAGACAAUUCAAAGGACAUUCCACCAUUGGAUAUGCCAGAACUUCUGGCAUAUUUGGUUAGGCAAUCAGGACCAUUUUUAGAUCAGUUAGGUGUUAAAAAAGAUGUUUCUGACAAAAUAAUUCAAAGUUUAUGCACCAAAAGGAAAAAUCAACUUCAGUUAACCCCUAUUUACGCCCACGAAUCUUUCAACCCCGAAAACGACACCAGAAUCGAUGAUCUGGAUUCAAGAAUCGCUAGUGUUCUUCAUAGCACAGGACACCAUUACGAAACUGGUGUUACUCGUCACGAAGUUACUAAUGGAAAAAGGCAUGUAGCCAUUGUCACAACUGCUAGUCUUCCAUGGAUGACAGGGACGGCUGUAAAUCCUCUGUUUCGCGCAGCGUAUUUAGCAAAAUCGAGAAAACAAAGCAUCACACUAUUGGUUCCUUGGCUCACAAGAAAAGAUCAGGAGUUAGUUUAUCCGAACAACAUUACUUUCACUUCACCAGAAGAACAAGAAGUUUAUAUACGUAGCUGGCUUGAGGAACGAGUCGGGUUUAAAACGGAUUUCAAAAUUUCCUUCUAUCCUGGAAAGUUUCAAAAGGAGAGACGCAGUAUUAUACCCGCUGGCGAUACAUCCAAGUUCAUUUCAUCUAAGGAAGCUGACAUUGCGAUUCUUGAAGAACCCGAACAUUUAAACUGGUAUCAUCAUGGUAACCGUUGGACUAAUAAGUUCAAUCAUGUCGUCGGUAUUGUGCACACGAAUUACUUGGAGUAUAUAAAGCGGGAAAAAAAUGGCGCUCUCCAAGCGUUUUUCGUAAAGCAUAUAAACAAUUUGGUUACACGAGCAUAUUGCGACAAGGUACUUAGACUUUCUGCUGCAACCCAAGAUUUACCCAAGUCUGUAAUUUGUAACGUCCAUGGCGUGAACCCGAAGUUUUUGAAAAUCGGGGAGAAAACGGCUGCAGAAAGGGAAAACGGGGGUCAAUCGUUCUCGAAAGGAGCCUACUUUUUGGGCAAAAUGGUUUGGGCUAAGGGAUACCGUGAGUUGAUAGAUUUAUUAGUGAAACAAAAAGAUAACCUUGAUAACGCGUUCAAGAUUGAUGUUUAUGGUAACGGCGAGGAUGCUAAUGAAGUACAAAGUACAGCUAAAAAGUUGAACUUGAAUGUGACCUUCAUGAAAGGCAUAGACCAUGCUGAUGACUCACUUCACAGUUACAAAGUGUUUAUAAAUCCAAGUGUGAGUGAUGUGUUAUGCACAGCAACAGCUGAAGCACUUGCAAUGGGAAAAUUUGUAGUUUGUGCAGACCACCCUUCAAAUGACUUCUUUAGGUCAUUUCCCAACUGUUUAACUUACAAUUCGCCACAAGAUUUUGUAGACAAAGUCAACUUAGCCAUGGACAGUGAGCCACACCCUCUUACGCCUGACCAGCGGUUCAAUCUUUCAUGGGAAGCAGCCACCCAACGGUUCAUGGAGUCUUCUGAGCUUGACAAGAUUCUAACCGAGACCAGCCGUUUGACCAGAAAGUCGAAUUCAGUUCCUAGUUUGAUCGACGGAACCUUAGCUUUCGCACAUUAUUGUUUUACCGGUAACGAGUUUUUGAGGCUGUGCACCGGGGCGGUACCAGGAACUCGGGAUUACAACAAACAACACUCUAGUGAUCUUCAUCUCUUACCGCCACAUGUCGAAAAUCCGAUUUAUGGUUGGUGAAAGUAGGUAUAUAAGAAACUCUAUAACCAUAUUCUUUAUGUACAAAAUAUGAAAUAGUACAUUUAUAAGCAUUAAAUGGUAGUUAAGUUAGUAUAGCAUAUAUGUUUUUUUGUGGGAACCGUUCGUGGGCUAUCGGGUAAUUGGGUGUGUAUUAUGGGUGUAAAAAAUCUGGGUUGGGCUUGACGACCCAGAAAUAGUACAUGUAUUGGUUAUUCCAAAUAGAGUUUGUCUUUAA